AUGUACUCCCUGGAGGAGUCUAAUGCUCAAGCUCAAAGAGCCGGGCUUCGUCGAGUCGUUGAAAGUGGUCUCAUUUUCCUGCUCAACUUUCCUGCUGAGCGUCCCGCUGACCGCAUUGUCAUUGCUGCCCUCCGAGGGCAGAACCUCCAUAGGCGCGGCGUUGCUCUUCACCUCCUUGACGGGCAUCCGCCUGAGCCUGAUGAACAGCACCAUGAUGAUCAGAAGUAUCAGCAAAAUAAGGACAACCAGAGCCGCGGAAAUCCCCGCGAUCUGCCCGCUGCCCAGCGUCGACAUUCCGGCGGUCCUCGAGGAAACGUGGAGCGUGAAAUUAGCCUCAACGCUUCCGGCUCUGUUUUCCGCGACACAAUAAAAGUCACUGGAGUCUGUCUCCUGGGCGUUGGUCAGAAUCAAAGUGCUGCGCUUGCUGUACUGGCCCUCCUCGUAAAUAUAAACCUUCUGGUAGCUGCUGAACGAGCUGUGGUUACUCAGAAGCUUUCCGCUCCAGUACCACUUUAUUUUAGCCGGCGGAACCGCGGAUACGCGGCAGACAAUGCUCGCGUUCUCCCCAAUUGUGGCCUCGGCGUACCUCGCGGUGAACAUCAUCACCGGGCGGCAGGCAAAGUCGUCGAGGGUCAGCUCGACAAAGGGCCUGUUCACAAGCUGCUCCGGGCCGUGGCAGACCGGAGAGAUCAGAGUCGGAAGAUUGUGCUUGACCAGCCACUGCUUCAUUUCUCUGAGGUGGCAAUUGCAGACCCAGGGGUUGUCGUGGAGCUCGAUGCUCGUGAGCUUGUUCAAGGGGUCGAAGGUCCCCGGGUUGAGGGUGGCCAGCCGGUUCCCGUUGAGCUUCAGCGACUCCAGGGACUCGAGGCCCCGCAGCCCGUUCGACUCGAUCUCGGAGAUUUGAGCGUUAGAGAGGUCGAGUUUUAUCAGGCUGGAGGUCGUCCCGAACACGUUAGACUGGAUCCGGACCAGGGGGUUCCCUGCCAAGGACAGGUCUCUGAGGAAGGGCGCCUUGGUCAAGCUCUCGCUGGGGAUCGAGGUCAGUCUGUUGUUGCUCAGGUCGAGCUCUAUCAAAUUCGUCAGUCCGUUCAGCGCCUCCUUGUCUAUCCGCUCCAUUCUGCAAUUUCGAAGGUAAACCCUUUGCAGGUUGGUCAGUUGGACCCGGACGAAGAUGUUGCUGGCCAGCAGCCUUAUGUCGUUGUCGCUCGCGUCCAGCACCUGGGUCUCCGGGUCUAUCUCCUCCGGGAUGCUCGUAAGCAUCCGCUUCACACACUCGACGGUCCUUUUGCCACCCUUCCACUUGCACGUACACUCGUCCGCACACUUGUCACCGAUUACACAGCAAACUCGCCCCAAGAUUAUAAGGAGCAGCAAAAAUACUCCGACCGAUGGCAGCGGACC